CCGACUUCGACUACUACAUCCGGUAUCCGGUGGUGCGUUGUGUUUUGUUUCGUUUCUAUUUUUCCCGCCAUCAUUGAACUCUGAACCACUGCUUUGAAGCGGCCAUGAAUCCGUCAACCUCCAAACAAUCGAAACCGGGUGGAAACCGACAGCAGCAAAACAACAGCAAAUAUGGUGUGGCGGGUGAGGACGACCCAUCAUCGAUGACUUCGUUAUCGGAAGAGCAAAGAGAGCUGUUGGACGAGGUCGCAUCGAAAAAAGUUCCAUCGAUGGGUUUUCCAAAUCAUGAUUGCAAAACCGGGCACAAUAUCGACCUUUUGCGAGCAUUCGUUCCCGGGGAGUCGUUUGUGAAAAGGAUCAGCCGAUGGUUCCGCCGUAUGUGCUAUCUGGACCAAUCGAGUGCCCUCAGCCAGGAGGUAUUCCGAAGUGACACCGCCCGGAAGCGUGAGAUCUCCCGGCACAUCAGCUUCUACUCGGGCACCAUUCAUCCGUUCAGCUACCUCAGAUUUUGCUGGGAAUGUAUCAUGAUUGUGACAUUUUUCACCGCUUUUAUAUUCAUCCCUUACGAUGUGAUAUUCUUAUUUCGACCGGAAGAUUAUCAUCCCCUCACGUGGUUCCACCACGUGGUCCUCACAUUCGAAGCAAUUUGCCUGAUCGAUAUCUGCUUCUCCAUCCGAACCGGAUACUACGAUCAUGAACGGCAAUAUGUGCAGUUGGAUCCUUGCAAGAUCGCCAAUCAGUACGUGUUGAUGUGGUUUUGGAUCGAUUUGAUUAGCUCCUUCCCGGAUCCGCUGGUCACUCGUUACAUUGUAUCGAAGAAAGCGCUGCAGUAUUCAAUCUUCGAUUGCCUACGGGAGCAGAAUUUUCAUUUCGGGUGUUUCUGGGACUUUUGGAAUGUGUUGUCCAUGCUGAAGAUGUUUCGAAUGGCAACGUUUCUGCGGUACAUCAGCAACGUUUACAGAAGAUAUAAGCUGCGUCGGAAUGUCAUGAAGUUCACAACCAUCGCCACGGUUCUUGUGCUCACGCUGCAUUGGGGCUGUUGUGUGAUGUUUAUGGUCGCUAGAAUCCGACAUGGAACCGAUCCGGAUUUGGUUGAUAAGAACUCCUGGGUCAGUCAAACGGAUAUUUGGCACAAGUCACCUUUUCAUCAGUAUAUUGAGUGCUUCUUCCGGACACUUUACAUGAUGGGUUUGGUAACGCACUCGAUGGACCAGUUCAUGACCGACGAUGACAUCAUUGUAUCUUUGAUCUUCUGCAUCUUUGGAUACUUUUUGAAAAUCUACGUUUUGGCAGAGCUGCUGAUCUUUAUGAGAAUUAUGUUCUCCAGUACAAGCAUGUACUAUGAACACCGACACGAGCUUCAGGACUACAUUCGAUCGGAACAGCUACCGCAUGACAUGGAACAACGGAUUCUUUGUUACCACGAUCAUCGUAUUUCCAACCGAUACAGUCGCAAGACCCAAAUCGACGUUUGUACGGGAAAGCAGUUCCACCUUGGAAUCCGAGAGGUAAUCUGCGGACAGUUGGUGAAGGGAAUAUCGCUGUUUCGUGACACACUGACGCCGGAGAUGUUUCGUUGGUUGAUGCUCAAUAUACAAUAUCAAUUGUUUCUGAAAGAUGACAUCCUGGUGAAAGCAUCCGAAGGUAGCGACGGUGCCAAACUGGUGAUGGUAAUUCAAGGCACCGUAGCAGUUUUCACACCCAACUGGAGAGAAGUGCUACAUCUGGAAGACGGCGAACACUUCGGUGAAUAUCAACUGGCGCUUGGGAGUCCCCUAAUGAAAUAUUCCAACAUUGUUGCUGUAGAAACAAGUGAAGUUUACCUGCUGAGUAGGCCAACCUACGUAGAUAUGCUGCUUCAAUUUCCGGCCUUAGAGGAAACAAUUACGGCUCUGGCGCAGGAUCGAUAUGAAACUUUGGCUGCCCUGGAGCGCGAAGUAGUGAUCGACACUAUUCAAGAAGCCGAAACCAUCCGACGCACAAAGUUUUUCAGUUAGAUCCGAAAUGAAUUUUCACGGCGGAUAAGUCGCGCCUCUAAGCAAAUUAAAGAUUGAAUAAGGAUAAUAACAAUGGGGUCAACAAAAUAAAUUUUGAGCUGGAAAUAGA